UUUUUGGACCAUAUACCACUAGCAUUCCUUGUUUACGUGGGACGGCAACAGUGAGGAACUGAGGAACAUGUCCCACACGAUGAACCACGAGUUGCUCCAAGCUGUCACAACAGGCAACAGGGACCUCUUUGAGCAAGUUAUUGGGUCCAAUGUGAUUGUCACGGAAGCCCCCCUGACGGGCGUCACUGCGGAGGGGAACUCGGUGCUUCACAUUGCUGCCAGCCAUGGUUUCUUGGAGCUUGUCGAGGCAAUUUGCCGUGUGGAUGGCACACUUAUCAGGGCAAGGAACAACUAUUUUGAUACGCCUCUGAUCUGUGCUGCCAGAGCUGGGCAUGACAAUGUGGUCGCUCACUUCAUCAGGCUAGCUGCUGCGGAGCAUGAGGCGAACGAGGCACUGCUGGGUGCCCGUAACUCAGAUGGUGCAAGUGCAAUGCAUGAGGCGGUUAGCAAUGGCCAUUUUGCUGUAUUGGAGACACUUUUGUUGGAAGAAGCAUGGUUGGGUUCAACGGUGAAUGCAAGAGGUGUGUCUCCACUGUACUUAGCAGUUUUAUCCGGCCGUGCUGACAUGGUUCAGUUACUAAUAGAACAAUCUCCCGAAGUGGUGAGAUCUCCAGCAUACUAUUCAGGUCCUGAUGGGAAAACUGCUCUCCAUGCUGCUGCUCUUGUGAGCGAAGAUAUGACCGAGUCCCUGCGGCUCUCGAUGCCAAUGCUCACCAGAAGAGGCGAUGAUUUUGGAAAUACAGCACUUCACUAUGCGACUUCGGCUGGUAGAAUUAGAGUUGUGAAUCUUCUACUGGAGGAUCCAACUCUCGCGUAUCUUCCAAACAGUUAUGGCCAAUACCCUGUGCACAUUGCUGCUAUAAAGGGUCAUGUCCAUAUUGUUGACCAGUUUUUCGAACUGUACCCUAACUGUGGUGAAUUGCUUGACAACAAUGGAAGAAAUGCGCUCCAUUGUGCUAUUGAACAUGGAAGGAUAAAGGUGGUGACAAACAUCUGCAAAUCCCCAAGCUUCACACAGAUGAUGAAUACAAGAGAUAAGCAAGGAAACACACCGCUACAUCUAGCUAUAAAGCUUGGUUAUGCAUCCAUGGCCUUCCCUCUUAUGCUGGACGCUAGGGUGAGCUUAAACGCAACGAACAAUGAAGGUCUAACACCUCUUGAUGUUGCCAUCUACAAGCGUGACCAAUGGUGUACACUUUCCACAGUAAGUUAAUUAGCACACGUUCAUUCUGUUUUCUCUCAUCCUUUUAUUUAUGUUCCUACUUUCUGUAUAG